AUGUCUGUGCGAUUGCAUUUGUCUGUCUCAAUUUCAGGUGCGGAAUCACCAAAAGCCCAAGUUCCCUCGGCAUGGAAAGCGGUGCUAUUUUUUGACUCGCAGAUCACCGCUUCUUCCGUGUAUAAUGAUAACCUUGCCGCACGGAAUGCUAGAUUACAUUUCAAAGGAUCCGAAAACCCGCUUAAACGUGCUGGCUGGGUACCUAAAGGGAAAACCACCAACCAAUGGCUGCAAGUGGAUCUUCAGCAAACCACAAGGGUAAUAGGCAUAGCGACGCAGGGGAGACAUGAUCAGGGUCAGUGGGUUACUAAAUACAAGCUACAAUAUGGCGAUGAUGGACUAUCUUUCAGAGUUUACAAGCGAAACGGAGACAUAUCAGACACGGUAUGAAAAAGUGUGCUUAAUUGAACAAACCUUUUUGCGGAGAAAAAAUCCCCAUGAGGAAUAGAACCUUUUUGUAUUCUGCAUUCUGAUUCUCUUCCACUGAGCCACAAAGCAGUUACACUAGGCUGGGCCAUAUUCUCUCUGUCACUGAACCUACAGAAAAGCAUUCACGAAAGUUAUAGGUUAAGAGUAACUCGUACUGUAAAAAAAAAAAAAAAACUUACGCUCGUUAAUUUUACGCCCAAAUAUAUUCUACUCAGGUUUUCCCAGGAAACAAGGACAGAGACACGGUAGUUUACCACGAUCUUAACCCGCUCAUUUAUGUUCGCUAUGUUCGAGUUCUUCCGAUGGAAUGGAGAGAGACGAUCGCUAUGAGGAUUGAGCUUUAUUCUUGUUAA